GACCACAAAACAAAUGCAACUUUAUUUCUCCACAAGUUUCCCGCUCUACAAUUCCCUCUAAGCAUACACUAUCAAUAGUCAAUACCAUAACACAAAGAACAUCACCAACAUAAUUUUGAACCUCUAAUUAACAUGGGAAACUGCUUCUUUGGGGCCAUGGCAGAUUCAGAUACAACAAUCAAAGUAACAACAUCAAACGGUGGAAUAAUGGAAUUCAGUGCACCAAUAACAGUAAGUUUCAUCACCAAAGAGUUCCCUGGUCAUGCCAUAUUCAAAAGCCAUGAUCUUUUCUGGAAACCACUCAACCAAUUCGAUGAGUUAGAAACAGGACAAUCAUACUAUUUGCUUCCAAUCAACAACAAUGUAGAAACAUCAAGUGAACAACAACAACAUGUUGUUAGACAAGGACAUGUUAGAUCAAACAGUUUACCAACAACCUCGUACCCUGCUCCAUAUAGAAUGUCCUUAGAUUACACCAAGGGAAUGAGGUUUCUCAAAAAGUGUUCAAGAGAAAGAGAACAUUUGUAUAGUAGAAGAAGUGUUAGUAAAAGAUGCAAAAGUAGCAAUAAGUUUUGGAAAGUGAAGCUUGUGAUUAGUCCAGAACAGUUGGUGGAAAUUUUGGGACAAGAGGGUAGAACAAAAGAGUUGAUUGAAAGUGUAAGGAUUGUAGCAAAAUGUGGUGUUGGUGGUUGCAUUUCAUCUGUAGCUGAAGAAGACAAUAUUGUUUCUGAUCAUCAGUGGAGCCUUUCUAGUACUAGUUGGAGCAUUUCUUCUAAGAUUGAUGCAUUAGCUGUUGGCAUUUAGAACACAAGUAAUUUGUUGAAACUUUUUUUUUUUUUUUUUUUCUGUUUUCUUUUGGUUAAUUUGCUUCAAUACUUUUUAUGUAUGCAAUUAUGAAUGUAACAUAUUUUGUUUCUUUCAUA